UCAUUACAAGACACAGAAUUCAGAAUACAUUUCUUCAGAAGUUAUGAAAAGACAAGAACCAUGAAUGCUGAAAAAGACGCUGAUUAUCACAACAUUAGCGAUGGAGAGAAAAGAUGUUGCCCUGAUAAGGCAGUUAGUGCGCAUACUGUGGGCGGUCCGUAAUGCCUGAGGCUUAGCCUUCACCAACUUCCUUGACAUAAAAAUUCACUAACAACACUGAGGACGACAUAUAAGCGUCGGACAGAUAGCCUGUGGAAAAAUAGAAAUCAUCAAACUGGUUGACAUAUGCAUGCAGUGUUCUGAAGAACAAAAGGCUUUCUUUGCCCGUUUAUUAUGUUGGGAGUACAAAUCUAUAAUAUAAAAAAACAAUAGGUACAAAGAACACAACGUGGAUUCUGACAGUUGUGAUCAGGAGGGAUCAGAUUCCCCUGAGCCCAGUGUUUUGUCUAUGAAGAGCAACCGAUCAAUGCAAAUGCCGGUUUACUUGAGAAAUACAACACAUCUUCCACAUCUAAGUUUGGUCGACAGAUCAGACUCUUCCAGUCCUAGUGUUUUGUCCAUGAAGAGCGACCGCUCAAUGCAAAUGCCAAUUCAUCUGAAAAAUGGAUCAAUGGAAAAAGGUCUCCACCAGGAGAGAUCAAACUCAUCUUCCCCAAGUGUUUUGUCUAUGAAGAGUGACCGGUCAAUGCAAAUGCCAAUUCAUCUGAAUGAACCACCUCCACUGGGACUAAGGUAUUCACUAACAAAAUCAUGUCAGGAUGCUCUGAAGACUGGCAGCUUUCCUGGAGAAUUCAUUCAUCAAUGUGAUUCAAAAAGUCCUGACAUCAAGAUUAAUAGAUUAAAAAAAGAAAUAAAAAAGAAGCAACUGUACAUUUUUGAAGGAUUUGCAAAGCAGGGAAAUCCAAAACUUCUGAAGGACAUCUAUAUAGAGCUCUACAUCACAGAGGGAGGGAAUGGAGAGAUCAGUUACGAGCAUGAAAUUAAAAGAAUAGAAAAAACGUUGAAGGUUCCUGCAGGAGCAACGAUACCAAUCAAAUGCAAUGAUAUUUUUAGAGCUUUACCUAGACAAGACAAACCAAUCAGAACUGUGCUGACAAAGGGAGUCGCUGGCAUUGGAAAAACAGUCUCUGUGCAGAAGUUCAUCCUGGACUGGGCUGAAGGGAAAGAGAAUCAGGACAUCCAGCUCAUAUUUCCUCUUCCUUUCAGAGAGCUCAAUCUGAUGAAGAACAAAACACUCAGUCUUUCAGAUCUUCUUCAAAUGUUCUUCCCUGAAACAAAAGAAAUGGAAAUAUCCAGUGAUGAAUAUAAAGUUUUGUUCAUCUUUGAUGGUCUGGACGAGUGUCGUCUGUCUCUAGAUUUUCAGAGUGAUGUGAGGUUGUGUGAUGUAAGUGAAUCAGCAUCAGUGGACGUGCUGCUGACGAACCUCAUUGUGGGGAAUCUGCUUCCCUCUGCUCUCAUCUGGAUCACGUCCAGACCAGCAGCAGCUGAUCUCGUCCCCUCUGAGUGUGUCCAUCGAGUGACAGAGGUACGAGGCUUCAAUGAUCCACAGAAGGAGGAAUACUUCAGGAAGAGAGUCAGUGAUCAGAGUCUGGCCGAUAGGAUCAUCUCACAUCUGAAGUCAUCAAGGAGCCUCUUCAUCAUGUGCCACAUCCCAGUGUUCUGCUGGAUCUCAGCCGCUGUUCUGGAGAAGAUGUUGAGUCGAGCAGAGAGUGGAGAGAUUCCCAAGACUCUUACUCAGAUGUACACACACUUCCUGAUGGCACAGAUUAACAUCAAAGAUACAAAGUACAAUGAGAAGAAGAGCAAAGACAAAGAGAUGAUUUUCAAACUAGGGAAACUGGCAUAUGAGCAGCUGGAUAGAGGCAACCUGAUCUUCUAUGAGGAAGACCUGAGAGAGUGUGGCAUUGAUGUGACAGAAGCAUCAGUGUACUCAGGAUUGUGCACUCAGAUCUUCAGAGAGGAGUUUGGUUUGUAUCAGGGGAAGGUCUUCUGCUUUGUUCAUCUGAGCAUUCAGGAACAUCUAGCAGCUCUAUAUGUGCACCUCUCCUUCCACAACAGCAGAAUAAACGUGCUUGAAGCACAUGAAUCUGGAAUGCCGGUGACAAUGUUGAGUUUACACAAGUGUGCAGUUGAAAAAAAUUUAAAAAGUAUGAAUGGGUAUCUUGAUCUUUUCCUUCGAUUCCUGAUUGGACUUUCUCUGGAGUCAAAUCACAGUCUAUUAAAAGGGCUUUUGGUGAAGAAGACAGACAGCUCCCUGGAAACAGAGAAAACUAUUGAUUAUCUCAAGCAGAAGCUAAAAACAAUCCUUUGCUCAGAAAUGGCUCUUAUUUUGUUCCACUGUCUGAAUGAACUCAAUGAUCAUUCCCUCAUUACUGAAAUCCAAAGCUACCUGACUUCUGGAAAGCUGAACAGCGAAGCUCUGUCCCCAGAUCUCUGGUCGGCUCUGGUGUACAUCUUAAUGACAUCAAAUGAGAAGUUUGAGGAUUUCGAACUUUGUAACUAUGGAAGAUCAGACACUGCUCUGUAUUGGCUGCUUCCUGUGAUCAAGAUGUCAAAAAAGAUCUGGUUGCAUGACUGUAAUAUCACAAACAAAGGAUGUGUAUCACUGUGUUUGGUUCUUUCAUCACUAUCCAAUGUGAGAGAGCUGGACCUGAGCAAUAACACCCUGCAGGACGCAGGGGUAGAAAUACUCAGCAAAGGAGUAAAAAACUCAUGCUAUGAACCAAAACUAAGGGAGGAAUGGCUCUUCAAUCAUCAAAAUGAACAAGAUAAUCAGCUCAAGUAUGAAGCUUUCCUAUGUCUCACUGCAGGGCUACAGGAUACGGAGUGUAGACUGGAAUCCUUGAAUCUUAAGAACUGUGGAGUAACAGAAGCAGGCUGUGUUUACCUGAGCAAAGCUCUGAGUUUAAACCCUUCUCAUCUGAAAGUUUUGGACCUGAGCUGGAACAACAUUGGAGACUCUGGAAUGAAACAUCUCUGCGCUGCUGUGGGUAAAAUACACUGUGCAUUGGAAACAAUAAAGUUAAAUAACUGUAACAUAACACACAAAAGUUGUAUAGCAUUGGCUAAAAUACUACAAACAGUUUCAAAUCUGAAAGAGCUCUCUCUAAGUGAGAAUGAGCUCCAGGACUCGGGUGUGAUGCUGUUCUCUGUUGGACUGCAUCAUCCUCACUGUAAACUGGAGACACUCAGGCAAGAUGAUUCUGAAUACUUGUGCUAGAUUAAGUAAACAAUAAAUUGACCAUUAAAUUAUAUUGCUUCAUGGUGAAGGGUUUUUGUUUUAUAAGGGCUACCACUGAAUGUUAAAAGCCAUAGCAUAAAGGACAUAAACAUCAUAGAAAUUGGAAAACAAGUAAAGUGACUACUGUACUCACCAUGUCCAAUAUUUAAACAAAU